GACGUCGCUUCGUCAGUUUAGUCGUGAGCUACAAAUCAAGCGGUAUCGUGUGUGACUGUCUCCGCGUCGUCCAUUGUAGGGAAAAAAGUGCUCCAGUCUUGGGAAAGAAGAAGCAAGAAUCGUCGGGUGCUGUUUUCGGGAUUUUCUCGAUCGGGCUCGAUAGCAUACCGGGAUAAAGUGAUAUACCUAUUUGUAGUUAGUUACCGGAGUUGGAUAGAUUUCCACGUGUGUGAUAUCAUAGUGUAGUGAACGACUCCCCACACGGGAUUAGUGCGCAUAUACCCCAUACAAAAAAAAAAAGAUCCGGAUAAUACAGAGUGUGGUUUCUACAAAGUGUUUGCAAGCAACAGGAUUAUGAAAAUAUGAGUGCAUCGACGCCAACGCAACCAUCUGGGCCUCCGGUUCCCCCGGUGAAGCCAAUCCUCUCGUCGCCCGGUGCCUACAUGGCAAACUUCCAAGCGGGUUCGCUCAAUUCCGCCGGAACCGGAACGCCCGGUGGAGCAGCACCGGGGUCCACAGGGGCAAGCCCAGUGGCCCCCAUUACGGCCGGCAUCCACAGUAGCAACAAAACGCACGAAAAGCCAACGAUAGCUGCCCGGCCCAUUCCACCUCCAACGCUGCCAAAAUACUCGUCCUCGUUCAACAAGAUCGAUCGGGACCGGAACGAGUUCACCAAGAUUGACAAGGCGGAGCGAGAAAAGCUCCAGUCAAAGCGUGAAAUGUUCUUCAAAUCGGAGAGCAACAGUCCGUCUGGGCCGCCCCCAAAUCCACCGGUACUAGGAAAUCUCAACCUGGCGAACAAUAACGUAGUGAAUAACAGCUCAUCGCAUCUAAACAGUGCCGGCAGCGAUAAGCAUUCACUAAACUCGCAUACCACUAACAGUUCCCUCGGAUCUAACGUCAGUAACAUGAAUAACAACAAUAACAACAAUCACAACAGCGUCACAAGCAAUGGCACCAGCGUCAACGGGCUAGCCAACAGUUUAACCAAUAUUUCGUUAAAAGAAAAACGCGAGGCGAUCAUGAAUGCCAACAACCACCACGAUGUGCUGCUGCAGAACAACGGACAUCACGAUUCGAACAAAAUUCUGAACGAACGGCACGAGAAGGAAAAACCGGUGGUCAAAUCUAAGCCCAAGGAGCUGGACGGGUACGUCGGGUUCGCAAACCUGCCCAAUCAGGUGUACCGGAAGGCGGUGAAAAAGGGCUUCGAGUUCACGCUGAUGGUUGUGGGUGAGGCCGGUUUGGGAAAGUCAACGCUAAUCAACUCGCUGUUCCUGUCGGAUGUGUAUCAUCCGGAGCAGCAUCCGGGUCCAUCGAAACGGAUCAAGAAAACAGUGACCGUGGAAAGCACGAAAGUAUUACUAAAGGAAAACGGGGUCAAUCUAACACUGACGGUCGUGGACACCCCCGGUUUCGGAACGGCCGUCGAUAACAGUAACUGUUGGGUCCCCAUCGUGGAGUUUGUUGAGAACAAGUACGAAGAAUAUCUGACGGCGGAAUCGCGCGUCCACCGGAUGGCGAUUCCGGACUCACGAGUGCACGUGUGUUUGUACUUCAUCGCUCCGUCGGGGCACGGGUUGAAACCGCUGGAUAUCGAGUUCAUGCAGCGGCUGUGCGACAAGGUUAACAUCAUUCCGGUCAUUUCCAAAGCGGACACGCUGACGCCCGAGGAGAUUACACACUUUAAGAAACAGAUUCUCAACGAGAUUGCCCAGCACAAGAUCAAGAUAUACGAUUUCCCGGACCCAUCGGAUGAGGAGGAGGAUGCCAAAACGCUGCGACAGCUGCGAAGUCGAGUGCCGUUUGCCGUUGUAGGUGCUAAUGCCAUCAUCGAAAUUGAUGGUCGUAAAAUCCGUGGUCGUCGGUAUCCGUGGGGUGUUGUAGAAGUCGAAAGCCUAGACCACUGUGAUUUCAUUGCGCUACGCAAUAUGGUUAUCCGGACGCACCUGCAGGACCUCAAGGAUGUCACCAACAACGUCCACUACGAAAACUAUCGCUGCCGAAAGCUCGCCGGUUUGGGUAACGACGGAAAGACCAAACUGAGCAAUAACUUAUGCAAUAUUGGAACGAUUAAUGCAAACUCAUUUGGUACUGGAUGGAACCCACUGGCCCAGAUGGAGGAGGAAAAGCGCGAGCACGAAUCCAAGAUGAAGAAGAUGGAAGCCGAAAUGGAGCAGGUGUUCGAAAUGAAGGUCAAGGAGAAGAAACAGAAACUGAAGGAUUCCGAAGCCGAACUCACCAGAAGGCACGAGGAGAGGAAAAAGGCUUUGGAACUUCAGAUCCGCGAACUGGAAGAUCGCCGGAAAGCGUUCGAAAUCGAGAAAGCCGAGUGGGAACAACAGAACGGAGUCACGCUCGAAGAGCUGCGGCGCAAGAGCCUCGAAGCGAACAGCAAAGAGAAACGAAAUUUUUGUAACCGUGGACGGUAAAGACAAAGGUAAGAAGAAGAAGGGUCUGUUCUAAUGGCUGACAGAAACCAAAAAAUUGGCGUCUCCGUCGUGUGGUCGUCCCCCUCCGAUCUGCUCCCUCGGUAGUAUCCCCUUUGGCUAGGUGUACGGCACACACACAGUCAAACACAAAUUCGAUUUGAAAGAACGAACGGCCCCUCCACAAAUGGCGCCCAACCCCAAUGUAUAGACAACCAACCCGACCGAGACCACGCACUGACGACCCUCUUCUGCUACCACCGCCUACUAUUACCACUACUACUACUACUACUGCUCCUAUCACACUACACAAUUGAACGCUCUAGUACUACCCGUUCUAGUAUCUACUAGCUAUAGAUACCGCGCUACAACAAAUCCGCUAGUUAUUACUUCCGCAACAGCUCGCUUCGGUUUUUAUACGAGUAUAUAAAAUAAAAACAACGAGGACAAGAAUGCCGUCGUGUGCGUGCGGGGGCGUGCGUGUUUGUAGUGUUUGCACUGUAAGCGAGAUAUCGUCACUUACAAAACAGAAAACAACUACACCAAAAAAACGAGACAGAACAGGACACGACACCACGGUUUAUAUACACUUCAAAUAUAGAAUCCGUUUCGUGUACGAGAGAUUUUGACGAAUCUGACCGCGUAAGUAAUGCUAGCGUGCAAGACGAAAUAGUCCCACGAGACCCGCCCCCUGACAGGAGGAACGUAGUAGGUUAUGUAAAUUUAGUACAUAUAAAAUGUAAGAGUAAUACAGUUAAUCUAGUACUGCGCGAAAAAAAAGAACAAAAUACAUUGCAAAAGUGUUAGUUUGUCCCCCGUUCGAAUCGGUUUAAAUGUGUAAGUUUUUUUUUUCUUUUCUUUGUUCAAAGAAAGAUGUGAGAAAUUAUGAUAUUCAAACGCUUAGAUUAUAGGUUGAAAAACGGUUUUUUAUUUACUGUACCGUGGCAACAACAGUGGCUUACGGUGUUUUUCGUUUUGAGGGAAUGCGCACAGACACGUUCUUAGUAUGCUCGGCUUAGACAGACCAACACAUUCGCUUGUGCAGGAAACCAACCGAAACACCCACACAAACACACCAAGGCAGUGGCAGUGUGCAUGAAUUAACAGUGUACGUGCAAAGUGUUAGGAAAUAGUGAAGAAGAAUAAAACAAGAAAUUUUUUGUGUAAUCGUCUAACGGAUAUGCCAUAUAUAUUUAGAGUAUGUAUAUUUAUUAAAUUAUUUUAUUUUUUAAAAAGUUUAUUUUUAUAAAAUAAAGUUUUUUGAAACUUUUAUACACACACCUACACGCUGAGGAUAAGACAUACAAUACACACGCAAAAUGUGAGAUAUAGAUUUGCUUGAUUUUUAGAAUAUGAGCAAAAGUAUCAACCAGCGGGUAGAAAACAGGAACGAUAACGUACACAGGCAGAGCAGCUAACGGUAGUUGUUUUGGCGAGCUUUUCAAACAGCAUUAUAGGUUAGGGUAUUUGUUCUUAGAUGGGACGAUUUCGAGUAGCACCGUUAAUAUUGAGAGAGGCACACACGCAGUGGAUGCAAUAUAGUUAGAGAAAACUAGUGAGAAAUGGAAGGGUUUCUUGUAUUUUGCUCUCGAGCGAUAAAAAAAAAACAGGUUCAAGGCAAUUUUAUCAUCGAUUGACUCGAUUAGAAACAAUAGAUAAAGUUAGUCGACUUUUAAUCAAUCUUAGAGUUACAUAAAAUACACCACAGAAGCAAUUUGUCGAUUCAGAACAUCACUAGUGUUCUACUUUUAUAUAGUUCACCAAAGGUUUUUACUCGAACAAUACUUUUUUUGCGGUAGGACAUAAAAUGAAACAGGUCUAAUUUUUUAUCGAGCCAGAUAGAUUUGCGAGUUUAUUGUGAAAUGGCGAAUGCUUGGAUUCACGCCAUACCGGUUGUAACGAUUUUUGGCACUGAAUGUCACUUCUUUUAGAAGCACCCCCGAAUUUAUGCAAUCAUAGAAAUAAACAUACAACGAAUAUCCGAUUUUACUCCGAUACUUCAAUAGCAGUGUGUUGAUCAAUCUCUUCCAAUGUAUCGGUUCUCUCUCACUCUCUGUCUGUCUCAGCCUAUCGUUAUUAAACUGAUGCAAGCACCUGUUAGUUGUGGUGCAUACCAACCUAACACCCUUAGGAUGAAUCAAAUUUCCUGUUUCUACUCUCUCUUGGUCGAAUCGAAAUCAUAUUGAACCAAACUUUAAAAACAACAUCGCUAUUUAGCCGUCUUUUUUUAAGUACAUUGGCAAUUGUGAACCUUACACUAUCUGUACAAAGCAAAAAGGUUUACAAACUUUACUAUACUCGUAAAAAUGAUGAGAAAAAAUUCUUUCUGAAUAUAAAAACCUAACUAGUAUCUUUAAAACGUAUGUAAACAUUCAAAAGAAAGAUAAUGGCAGAUUAUAUAUAUUUAGAGCGAAAACAGGAAUCGAAAAUGGGUAAGGAAAACGUUGGUAAUAUUCCCCUUCUCAAGUAAAAUAGACACAGAAAAAAAAACUCAUAUAAAGAGGAAACUAUAUUUAGUGGAAAACGAAACAACAGAAAAAAAUAUCGAGAGACUGAUACACUAUAUUGCUCAACAAAAAAAAGCCCACAAAACUAUCCCUCACACUGUUUCGAUUUUCAAUGCGCAGCUUCCCACACGUUCGGUGCAUACCACCCUUCCCUGCUUUACAACCCACCUUCACACAAAAGAAACCAAAAAUGUCUCAAACGCUCACGAUGACCACAUUCCUUAGAGCCGGGUAAUUCCCAAAACUUCCUUCAAUGUUUAGAGAAAGUACUAUAGCCCUACAAACUGAAUCGAAUUUCAAGCGAGAACAUUUAAUGAGUUUCACUCGAAAAAUAAUACUACAUUUAAUCUUAAACGCGACCCAAAAUAGGUAUCAGUCUGUAUAGUCUUAAAAACAAAAUUCCAAACCCCCACGCGGACCACCAUCUGCGACAGGAGUAAUCUUUCAA